GUCAUGGCUGUCGCGCUUUUAUCGGUGUCCGUUAUCUCUCGUGGAUCGUUGUCGGUUAUCACUGAUUGAGUUUUUAGCUUGCCGUUGUCGAGCGUCUCGUUUAAGAAAAUUAAUUUGUACGGAUAAUUCCAAUUGUUUUACAUGAAGAUACGACGCAACCGUCAUGACGACCGCACUGUAUCUGGAACACUAUCUCGACAGCCUCGAGCAUUUGCCAAUUGAAUUACAGAGGAAUUUUACAUUAAUGCGCGAUUUGGAUGCGAGAGCACAGGGUUUGAUGAAGGACAUCGAUAAAUUGGCGGACGAUUACUUGAGGAAUGUAAAGAAGGAAUCGCCGGAGAAGAGAAAGGAGCAGCUCGCUCAUAUACAGAGCCUCUUUAACAAGGCUAAGGAAUAUGGCGAUGACAAGGUCCAAUUAGCCAUUCAAACCUAUGAAUUGGUUGAUAAACACAUCAGACGACUGGAUUCAGAUCUGGCGAGAUUUGAGGCAGAGAUACAGGACAAAACGUUGAACAGCAACAGAGCAAAGGAAGAGAGCAAUGCCAGCAAGAAGGGUAGAAAGAAACUCAAGGAGAAGGAGAAGAGGAAGAAGGGUACCGCGGUGAGCAGUGAAGAUGAAGCUAAGAAUGCGAGAAAGAAGCAGAAGAAAGGUGGCUCUGUAGCUUCAGCAUCAUCCACUGGCGCUGUGGGAAGUGGCGCCCAGGUAGACGCGACGACACUCGGCCAUCCAGCUGAUGUUCUAGACAUGCCUGUCGACCCUAACGAACCGACUUACUGUCUUUGUCACCAAGUAUCAUACGGAGAAAUGAUCGGUUGUGACAAUCCAGAUUGCCCUAUAGAAUGGUUCCACUUCGCCUGCGUAGGUUUAACAACGAAACCUAAAGGAAAGUGGUAUUGUCCCAAAUGUACGCAAGAUCGCAAAAAGAAGUAAUUCCUAGAAACGUUUGUGUGUGUGUGUGAAUCACCGUCGGUUUGAAGAAGAGGGCAUGACUUUUUCAUAUUGAAAGUAAACCGACUUUUAUAUAAAAGGACGCUAGGAGAAAAUUUAUGAAAGACAUGUACAGAGAGAGAAUAGAACUGCAUUUCCAUUGCAUCUAAUACUGGUAACGAGACAAUUUUUUCAUUUUUACAUGACGUAUAUAACAAUAAACGUAUGAUAUGCAAACGCGGAUUGUUAUCGCCAAAUAACUCGCCGUAAACAAUUUCUCCAGAUAUAUGAUACGUUUUGCUGUAAUAUGUAGAAAUUGAGUUUUUUAUCGCGAUAUAUAGAACUGCAUCUCGCGAGCUCUUUCUAUAUUAGAAAAAGCUUAGAUAUUGAAAUGAUUAUGAUUAAUACAUAUAUAAUAAACUUGAUCUCAUUUCCAAAUGUAUGAAAUAGAUACAUGAGUGAAAUUUUAUUAUUGAUAAAUGAAUUCUUAUUAUCAAUUUUAGAUGUAAUGGAAGCACAGUUCGGACAUAAAUCCAUCACAGACGGAAAACGUUUUGAGAAUCGGCCAUUGUUUCACUAUCGCUUUACAUUCUUUUUAUAUAUCAAAAUAGUAAUUUAUUAGUAAUGCCAACCGCGUCGCACAAGAAUCACUUCACAUUUUUUUUUUUUUUUUUAUCACUUUUACACGGCCGUUUCUCGAAUAUAUCUGUGAUUUCGCUCUAUAACGAUCGACUCAUAGUUUUAAUUAGAUUAAUUAGAAUAUUAAAUUAUUAACGUUAUUACUGUUUUUAUAUGUUAUGAAUGUACAUCGGUUUAUAUAUACAUGAAGUAAACUCCUGUUGAAGAUGUGAAAAGUGUAUUAUAAACGAAUACAGCAAUACGAUUAAAAAAAAUAUAUUUAGUUCAUCGAAA